AUGGUGAGUCGUACUUUUCUGUUUAGUGUUUUAUGGAUUGCUGUACAAUAUUCAGCUCUAUUUGUUGGUUAUUUUUUAACAAAUUCUUUGAUGAAUCGUUCUAAUGGAGAACUUUUAUGGAAUUUUUUCGAAAAUUGGCUUGAUGAAAAAUUGGAUGCUAAUGAAGCUGUUGUUGAAAAUAUGGAUGUAAAAAAUAUUUCCAAGCAAGUCCGUAAUUCACCAUGGAAAGGUGUGACGAUACCGGAAUCAGUUAAUAAAUUGCUUGAAGAAUUGAUUGAACAGCUAAUUGAUAAUUAUAUAAAUACUUGGUAUAAAGCAAAAAUAGGAGGUGAUGCAGCGUUUGUCAAUGAAAUAAGGUAUCAGAUUCGCUAUGCUGUUGCUGUUUUGUAUUUGCGCUUUCGGAAGAUUGAUCUUUCCUCGAUAAUCUUGUUUGAGGUUGUACCGCUGGCAGUUAUACAUUGUGAUAGAGUUGGACAUUUAAGCGCUGUUAUUGAAAAAAGCAUAUGUUCAUCUCAGUUGGUUGAAACGAAAAUUCUGGAAGAUAUGCCGGAUGUACAUUUUGCUCUCAGCUCACGACAAAAUGAAGUGGAUUAUCUGCGCGAGUUGGCUGAUCGCUUGAUUAGGCUUAUAAUGGAUGAAAGCUGUACUGUGCGUCAUUCCAGCGACAAAGAUUCCUCUUUCCGUGACUUCCUUAAUAAUCAUUCGCAACCAUGGGCAAGUCAUGCAUGUCGCCAUUUUUUGCGGGAACUUUUUGUUUUUUCAUUUUUUUUACCUGCUAUGGAUUUAAUAGCUGAUCCAGAUACCAUCAAUCGGGUACUAAUAUUUCUCUUCGACUCGGAUGUUCUCAGCUGUUCGCAAAUGUCUCAGAGCAGCAGGCAAGUUGAAAUCUUACAUGGGCUUACUGAUUAUUCUCUAAACGACACUCCUGACUCAUUACUUCAACUGAAGCUUAGUGAUAUGCUUCGAGAUACUGGGCAGUUGUUGAUGUUCAGAGCAUACUUAAACGAUAUCCAUGCACCUUUAAGUGAACUUGAUUUUUUAGUUCAUGCAGGAGAUGCGCAUGGAAGAAUGCUUAAUAUUCAGAAUGAUCACAUUGCUAUGAAUGAACUGCAGUACGACAUUUGGGAGCUUUUUAUUAAAUAUAUUCACGAGGGUGCUCCGAACAGGAUUAACCUUCCUAUUGAAGUUAGCUCUAAUUUCAGCAAAGCAAUGGAAAAGCGUGAUUGUGAACUGCUUGAUCGCUGUCUGGAAAAGGCUUUUCAAAUUAUAUACAAACGAAUGCAGCAUGAAUAUGUGAUACCAUUUUGUCAAUCGGAAUGUUUCUUGGGUAAUUUGUGUGGUCCUCGACCUGUAGAUGUCGAUGAAUUAAUUGCAUCCGGCGAACAUACUAAUUCAACUCGCUGUCUUAUAUCAACUGUUGAACCCAACUAUUCCCUAACUCAGUUCAGGAAUCGCUUUUGGCGAAUGGUCUUACCAACAGCUGGAUUGAUAGAUUCAUCGUUUGAUCGUUUAAAUGAUAUUGCAUUAAGUGAGAUGAAUAAUGAGAUCGAGCCUGCUGAUGAUAUCACGCAGAGUUUGAGUUCGAACUCAUCAAAUGAUGGUACAACUAUACCAGCUUUUGAGGCCGAUGAAGAGCUUGUUGAACAGCAGACGAAUUCGAGUAAUUCAUUUGAGAUACCGAUGUUUGAUCCGGAACGUGAUAUGAACAAAUGGAAUGUAACAAUUCCAUAUGUUGAGCCACGACGAGAUCCUAUUGGGGGUCAUACUAUGUAUGUUUAUGUCAUUUCGGUUGAAAGAUUUGAUGUAAGUGGUAACGUCGAGCAAGCAUCGUUAUCAGCCACUAUAGCGCCACAGAGAUGGUCUGUGAUUCGACAUUACAACGAAUUUUACAUUUUGGAAUCAAAAUUAAUAGAGUUUCACGGAAGUACAAUUAAAACGGAAUCAUUGCCACCACGUCGUUUUUUCAACUGUAAGAGUCGUGUUUAUGUGGAAUCCAGACGUGAAAAUUUUGAACGUUUCAUUCAGCUACUCACAAGACAGCGAGCGUUAAAACAGUCAGAUUUGUUGUUUGUUUUUCUGAGCACUGAACAAAGGUUGAAGGAUUCAACACAAAUUUCUGAUCUCUAUCCCUGGAACAUGGUAAAGAAAGUGCCGAGUAAAUUUGCUCGUGAAAGAGGUCAGAAUUUAAAACCAUUUAUUUUAUCUCUGCUGGCGACAACAUUGGUUCCUCAUUCGAGCAGUUUCACUGAAUCGAGGUGCACUACAUCGUCCAUUAAUCUAGAAAUUGCGAGUCAAACACGGAAGAUAUUACAAAGUGAUAUAUAUGGUGGCAAUAGUCGAAGUAUUCAGAUAGAUCUCUCUCUCACAAAAAGUACAUUAUGGACGAGCAGUUUUUAUGAUGCCAUCCUUUUCAUUCUGAAUCGGUUGUUUGGUGUUGUUAGAUGGCCAAUAUGGAUCAGUAUGACCAUUCGACAUUUAAUGAGAGAUACUAUUGAUGCGGUGGCAGCUGUUCUAUUUAGACGAUUUUUGAAUAAAAUAUUUGUGGAAGUAAAUUGCAUACGCAUACUACGCUUCAUCCAAGAAUCAAUUUUUGGUCCUAAAAAUUUAACAGAAACCGAUCAGGAAAAGGUGCUACGUAUGGAGCUGGCGCAACGUCUAACAUUGAAAUACUUGCAGGAACAGCUACCAGUUUGUUUUAUUAAAUUAAUUGGCGAUAAGGAAUUCUGUCAGGGAAUGCAGACCAUUUUUCGUAUCUUACAAUAUCCACGUUUAAAUAAACAAUUAGCUUUACCACAACAGGCUACAAUUGCAACUUUGUCAGUAAGAGGGGAAAUUCAAUUGCUAAAUUUUGAACCAGAUUUGAAUGUAGUACCGUUACAUGGAAAUGAUAUUAAGGGAAUGCGUAUCUAUAACUGUUUCCAGCAUUUGCCAUAUGCAUUCGAACAAGUUGCAACAGUAUUCUGGCAUCGGUAUCCGAAUGCAUGCGCAAAACAUGUCAUAAGCGAAGAUUUCAUCGAAGUUGCGGUAGAUGGCGAUCAGAUCAGGACGAAAAAACUGAUACUGAAACAAACAGGAACAUUCUUGAAAGCAGUUCCAAAAUGGAUGUCGCGUUUGACGAAUGUCAGGGUUGUACCCACAGUUGAGGAAAGUAUAUUCGAUCGAAGUAAACGAUCUUUAGUGACUUAUACGAGAAAUAUCACACUGUUAUCUGCUUGUAAAAUUCAUGAACGUUGUGUUUACAAAUCGGGUUUCAAAAACGGAGUGCCAGAAACGAUUGUGGAACGCGGUGGUUUUGUGUCGACCUCAUUUGGAAAGUUGAAUUUGGUAAUUGAACGCGUUUUGAUGGCAAAUUUCAAAAAAAAUAUGAGGAAAACAGCAGUUGUUUUUAUGGAAAAGUUGAUAAAAAGAUUUGGUGAACCCGCACUGGCCAGUCACAGAACCGGUGAACCGCAUCUUAUGAGGCAGAAGAUUAAUCACUCUAACUAUUCCACACAGGACUGA